UUCGUAUCAUCGUUGAUACUGAGGAAGCAUCACUACAUAGUUAAAUAACAUCCACAACAUCAUUUAGAACAUAAGGAUCGCUUCUCAAACGUCGGUUCACCCAGUCUUCUGAACCGCACUUAACCCUGCCCCAAUGUUGUCGGGCGAGGAAGAGAUCGACGCUUCUUCUGAAGCAGAGGCCCCCGAAGAAGAGGCCAUAAGCCGACCAACCUCGGUGUUGUCUGAAGCUGAAGCGGAACCGGGUUCUUCUCGGCCACAAACAAACCAGAGCAAUCGGGUUUCAAUUGAUGACAAUAUAAAAGGUUUUGAGGACUACACGCAGACAAACCGCAGCAACCGGUUUAGUGGAAGCGGAAAGCUGUACGACGUUGAUGAAAACCACUCUGGUCCUGAAGAGAACGGUUCUGGUGGUCAAGAAAACCAAGCCAAAACGGACUACCCUCCGCCAUCAAGGUCGGGCUACCCUCCGCCAUCAGGGUCGGGCUACCCUCCGCCAUCAGGGUCGGGCUACCCUCCGCCAUCUAGGUCGGGCUACCCUCCACCAUCAAGGUCGGGCUACCCUCCGCCAUCUAGGUCGGGCUACCCUCCGCCAUCAAGGGCAGGCUACCCUCUGGACCGGGAGAGAUCAGCUGGUCGCGAGAGUCUGGUGUCCCGAGGACAAGGAGGUGCAAUGGACAGGCUGCCCACGAGGUCUGGUCGAAUGUCGGCAGUGUCAGGCAUGCGCCCCCUCACGUCAGCGGGCCGUAUGUCCCGGGCUGGGGACCCGGACCACUCGGGCCCAAUGGUUGGGGUCCAUCCCGAUCGCCGGGACAGCGCGACGCCCCUGACGCGCCCCACGACGUCAGGACGUCUCCUGACGUCACGUCCCGUCAGCGCCGCCCUCAAGAACGCGCCGUCCACGGCCACGCGCCUCCUGCACGCCGCGUCCGCCGUGCGCCCCGGCACCCGCGGUGGCCUCACCACCACCAGGGGCCUCAACACCCCUAUUAACGUGGUGGACAGACCCAUCACUCAACAGGGCUUAACAGGCAUGAAGACCGGCGCUCGGGCUCCAGCCAGGCAGGUGCAAGACAAAAGCUACUUCAUGGGCGUGCUGAGGACCAAGAUGGCGGACUUGGCCUCUGAGAUGACCAAGAUGGCGGCGAAGAUCACGGCGAUGCAGCACGAGCAGAGCAGCUUCUUGACGUACGAUAAGCGGGUCAAGGAGAUGGCGCAGGAACUCACAGAGCUGCAGGGCACGCUGGCCGAUUACAAUCUCUUGGUGGAUCUGACGAAUACUGACACUGAGAAGAUAGAGAUAGACGAAGAGUGUCAGGAGCUGACCAUGCUGAACCAGGAGGAGUCGGCGAAGCUGGAGGCGAUAUUCGAGGAGAAGAAGGAGCUGGAGGCGGCGGUGAGGGGCAUGGAGGCGCAGCUGGAGGACGAGCGCCACAUGGGGGAGAGCAUCAUCGAGGGGAUGCAGCCUGCCCUCAAGGGGAGGUACACGCAGCUGCAGAAUAACAACAGGAACCUUCAGCAACAGAUGGAGCAACUGCAGCAACAGAUCGACUCUUUAACCGCCCGCAAACUGUCGCUAGAAGACGAGCUCGCCGUCUCUAAGGUGAAGCAGGAGGCUGUUGGGUUGUCGGAGCGCCUCCAGGAGGUGGAGAGCAAGAAAGAGCAGCUCCUGCAGGAGAAGCAACAGCGGGGAACCCCCAAAGAGGAGCGGGAGCGUCUCCUGCUGCAGGUGAAAGACGACAACGCCGAGAUCGCCACCAUGGAGCGUCAGAUCAGUGAGCUCCAGGAUGAGAUGGGGCGACUCCAAAACGAUCUCCAGAGCGUUGAUCAGGAGAUCGAGGAGAACCAGAGCGAGCGUAGCCAGAAGUACAGGGAGCUGCGUAAGCGCGAGGAGACCAUGCAGCAAUUCCUCGACGGGUUCGAGCAAAGCCGAGUCGAGGAGACCCAGAGAAUCGAGCAAGUCGAGGAAGCCAUCGUCCUGCUGCUCGAGAAACUCUCGAGAGACCUCAUGCAUUUCGGCAGACUGCCAAAUGUGUCCGAAUUCGACACCCUCAAGAGCGACUUGGCCUUCAAGGAGGGCGAGCUCGAGAAGUCCCGCUACACCGUCCAAAGUCUGGGACAAGAACACCUCAACUUGCAGGCCAACUUGCAGAAGAUUGAGGCUCUCGAGUCGAAGGUCCAGAAGGAGCUGGUCGACAUCAAGGAAAAAAUUCAAAUCAUGGAAAAUGAAGUUGUCGAGUUUGGAGAUUUGCAAGGACUUAGGGCUCGGGCGGACGAGAAGAGGAAGGACUUGGCCAUCGAGAAGGACGAACUGGAGGCCAAGAAAACUGCCGUGACCUUCGCUCUCCAGGAGGUAGAAGAUACCAUCAAAAUGCUCAAGAAACAACUUUCUGACAACGACACCCACAAACAGCUCGUGAGUCAGGAGAAGAAGUGGGCGCUGCUGGAGAUGAAUAACUUCACAGCCAAGGAAUUCGUGGCUCAGAAGAAAGCUGAGUCAGAUUAUAUACCAGUUAAGAACCAGGCCAUGAACAUCGUGGUUGACUACAACAAGGCCUUACAGGAGGUGGUAGCUAGUGGUGGCAUCAUCGGGUAGCCGUGCACUCUAAUGCCUUUACAAUUUUCUGAUUAAUCAAACUGUUGGGAAAAUAUUCGCAGACUAUAUUUGAAUAUUAGAUUUUCUUAUAUUGUAUUCAAAGCCUCAACAUAAUAAAUUGUGAUAAUUGGG